AUGUCCUAAAAUAACACUUAAAACACAGGAACUUUUAUCCAAAGUUUUUAUAAAGGAAACGAUUGGAAUUUUAUAAUGGCAUAAACCGGUAGUUAUGAAAUAGACCUCUUGUUUUACUCGAACUUAACCUAUUUUAAAAUAGAUACAAGCCCAACGAAUUAAAUUCAGCUAUUUUAAAUACAAUAAUACAGCAAUCAAACUUCAUUUUAGUCUUUUUGUUUGAAUUUUACUAGCUAAUCAAUUACUUUUUACUAGGUUUCUCCUUACUAAAAGGUGCCUGCUUACAGUUCAUCUAUCAUCGAUCCAACAACAAAGCUAAUUUAACUAAAUCCUCUGUAUUAUUGGAUUCUGUAUACUUCAACGCAGGUUAACCUUCUGUACUUUAACCAAAAUUUUAAUACUAUUACUGAGUUACAAUUAAUUGUUAUUGUUACAAGAAAUAAUACAUAAAGUAGUCUAUCGUUCAAUUUAUACAGCUUUGAACAAUCAACCAGCCAAAUAUUACCUUCUUAGCCAAACUUCAAUAACCAGAUAAGCAAUAUUAAUUAAGUUUAUGCUAUUAACAGCUUGUUAAUUAUAUGUACUACAAAUAAUAUAGGAUACUAUUAAUUUUCUUCUGGAUACUCUUAAUUGCAAUUAGCUGGGUACCUAUAAUAAUCAAAUCCAGCUCUAUGUGCCUAAUCUAUUUUCAGUGUGAAGAAUAUUAACUCUGAAGUACAUUUUUGGCAAACUAUUUAGAAAAACUUUAUUGUAAAUACAUUCAAUUCUAAUACUAAUUAAAAAAAUGUAUAUUUCGUUCCUCAGAAUGCAGUGACUGCAUAGGCAUAGUCUAAAUUCACUACAAGAAACGCAUACUUUAAUCUACUUAUUGAGUUUCCAGAGAUUCAAAGAAUUUGUGAAAUUAAGCAAUAUGGGUUAGCUUAUAUUUAUGACAUUAUUUCAAAGAAAAUAAUAAACUAAAUAAGAUUAUGGUAUCAAAUUAAUGAGCUGCCUACAUAAAUUCUAUUUAACUAUUAGAUUUUACCAGAUGGUACAUACUUAUUUACUGGUUUUGAAAUGUAUAUCUUUACAAUCAAGAUAAUUAACUUAAAGACAUUUGAAAUAAUAUACUCACAGACCUUCCCAGAAAUAAAUAUACAGCUCAGCAAUAUCAACUAUGUUUAAAAUCCACUCUACUAUCCAAAUUCUGAUUCUAUAAUUGUAGUACUUUAAUACUAUAAAUAGCUUGCCGACACUUAGAAAAACUAUAAUUUCCUAUCUUUUACUAGGAAUACCGGAUAAAACAGCAGCUCUAACAGGUAUUAAUUUGUUAAAAGCUUCUAAAUUUAUGGCUUCAACUACAUCUAAUCUGUUUCUGUAGAAUACUUAAUCUUAUUUAACCUCACUGCUACUCAAAAAUACACAGCCAAUUUUUACAAUUUGCAAGGGACUAAAGUUUAAACUUCACCAAAUUAUUUACUUAUAGAUCCAAACCGAUAAGCGUAAAUAAAUGAGCAAACAAAGUAAGCACUAAUAUUUAGCUACUUUGGUAUUUAUGUAUAUAAUUUAACAACUCUUAAUUAUGUUAUUUAAUCUUUCAGUUGUGCAGGAAGCUUUUUUUUCGCACCUACAUUUAAAUAUUAUUAUACGUAAUCAGUCUGCCAAACUUAUCAAGAUGGAGUUUUUACUUACCCAAAUAACACUUUAAUAAGCUAAGGAGUUUCACCUAAAAAUAAGUUUGUAUAUAUUUACAAAUCUUUUUACAAUGGCAACUAUUUAAUGGUAAAGACUUCAUCAUCUAGUCUGAUCUAUUAUGAUAACAUUAGAUAGCAAAUGUUUGCUUAAACCACAUAAUAUGGAUCAAAUAAUGGUGGAAUGAUAGAAUAAAACGAAGUUUUAUUCUUUAACAGUUAAGCUGUUACCCACUAUGACUAAAAUAUGCUCAAUUUGAUAUAUUUAGAAGAUAGUGUUAUCAACUUACCAAAUAUUCUUCAAACGCUAUUUUUAAGAUACAACUAUGUGUAAUCUUCAAUAAAUAAUUUGAUUUAAGUUAAAAAGGUUCAAUAAAUAAAAUUGUAAGUCACAAAAUCUUCAUCUAAUCAACCUUUUUUUAUAAGCUUUAUCAGUGAACUUAACUAUGUUGUUGAGAUACUUCCUUAAUCAAUAAAUAUUUAUAAUGCCUUGAAUAAUUAACUUAUUUAUGCCAUAAUUCCUUAAUAUACAAUUGAAACAUAUUUCACUAUUUUUCCAUAUGAUAAUUUUUGGACAUAAGAAAUAUUUACCAGAAGUAUUCUUUAUUACUAACCAAGUAAUUUAAUAGUUAUUGUCUAUUUCAGAAACUUAUUUUGUAUUGAUGCCUCAACGUUUCAAAUACUAUACUAAUACAAGUAUAUUCUAGCGAAUGCUUCGUUUAAAAGUAUUAUUGUUGAUUGGGAUAGAGGAUAUCUUAUUUCUACUAAUUUGGAUUAAGACUGCAUAUUAGAUAUGAAAACAGUAUAACGAACUUGCUUCAAAGAUAAUCCCCUUUAUUAAGGACUACCAGAUAAAGCAUUUACCGAUUAUGUGCAAUUUCUAUUUAUUAAUAAAUAAACAAAUUAAUUGAUUAUAUGUCAGAUAAUUUCUAUAAGAGUAUUUGCUCUUGACAGCUUACGUUAUGUGAAGUCAAUUUAUGAUACACUUUUAGCUGGAGCCUAAUAUUUUAUGAAUCCAAACUAUAAUUAUUUGAUUUACAGUAAUGGUUAUAAUUACGUGUUUACUAUGCUUGAUUUAAAUACUAUGCAAAAGACUGUAUUAUCAUUGCCACCUCCAAGUACAGACACCUAAAGCAUAAAUUAUAGAUUUUUUUUCUUAGAUGAUAAGCAGAGUUACAUAUACUUAAAUUCUAACUAUCUUUUCAUUUAUGUAUAUGACUAAAGGACUCAUUAACUUAUAAAUAAAAUACCAUUAAGUGUCAACUUUUUCCCUUAUUCAGAUGUAAUAGUUGACCAAUCUAAUAAGUUCAUAUUUUUAUUUGACACUAACAACUGUGUUAACAAGUAUUCUUACUCUGAAAAUAAGCUUUUGUAACAAUUCUAACUAAAUUAAACAGAUGCUUAAGCUUAUUAUAAGUAUAUGAUUUGGGACAGUUACAAGCAGAGACUAAUUUUGUCUUCUAAUACAACUGUUUAUCUAAUUAGUACAAGAAAAAAUUUAAUUGAGCUUAAUCAAGUUGAUACUUUUGUGACUGAACUGAGACUUUUUAAAAGUAGAAAUAUUAUAUAAUACUCUACUUAUUUACAGAAUGUCCUCCUUGAUUAUGAUUAUCUCCUCAAUGAUAACCAAGACUUUUUCCCAAGUUAAAUAAAUCCCAGAUUUUUCUAAGUGAACAACUUUACAUUUUUCUAAUUAAAUGAUGUAAACUCCUAAGCUAAUCUGUUCAUCAACCAGACAAUAACUUCGACAUGGAUCAGGAAUAAUUUGAACUCUGGGUACAUCCGUAUCGUAGAGAAUGACCUUUCAUAAUUAUUGGUUUAUGCAAUUUUUGAUAAUGAAAUAGUCAUUUUAGACUUGAGCACUGCAAUUCUAAUUUAGAUCGAUCAGGUUUUCUUGUCUCAGAAUAUUAUAAAUAUACUUUUCUAAAAUAAUGACCUAAUAAUUUUACUUUCUUAAUCACAAUAACUGUUAUAGCUUCAAAAAAGACAAAGAUCAAUUUAAGUAAAUGAAGUGAUUAUUCUAAAACAAGGUCUUGCUUAAUAUUUUUUUGCAAAUAAUUUAACACAGCUUUUAUUUACAGAUUUUUCUGGAAAUUAAUAAAACAUAAAUAUUGUGAACUUCAUCUUUGAUUCAAAUAACAAUAUUAAAUUUGUGUCUCAGACUUAAAUUAUGAUGCCUUCUAGAAUACUAAGUAUUUAACAAUUAAAUAGUUCACAAGUAGUUAUUUUAAUGAGCAACUUGAUUAAAGUUUACGAUUACAUAUAAGUAUCAGAACUCGCAACAGUUGGUUUAGAGUUUAAUGUCUCCUUUGGUAACAUUUAAAUUGACUAUAUUUACUAGAGAAUAUUCUUGCAAAACUAGCUUGUGGGAAGCUAAAUCUAUGAUUUUAAUUUAAAAAAAUAAGCAAAUUCAUUUAUAAACUCUUUCUCAACUAAUUUGUAUUUUGAUACUAAUUUUAUUUAUUCAGUGGUUUUUCACUCUGCUAACAUUUAUUUCAGAUAAGAUCUAAAGCUCCUAUAUAAUUUUAGACAUUUCGAUACAACCUUAAAAUUAAAGAAUAUUAGUUAUUUGGGUGUUGGGUACUUCUUUUUAGUUGAGUUUAUCUCCAAAUUUUCUAUUUAUGAGUUCUCUCCUUUUGUUCCUCUUCCAACAGAAAAAGCCUUUGUGUAAAUUAAUUAGUAUACAAUUAUAAAUUUCCAGUUCUUGAAACUUUUAAGCUCUGAAGUAAAUAGCAACAAAUACUAGUUAAAUGUAAUAGGAUUGACUUCAGAAGGAAUGUUUACAUAUAAAAUUGAUUUAGAUAUAUACAGCUAGUAACAAACCUAAACUUGUUCUUUGAAUUAUUAAUUAUAGAAUUAUAAUUAUCAAGAUGAUACAUCUUUCAACUCAAUGAGCUCUUAUUUAAAUAGCUAAUAAAGAAAGCUAAAUGGAAUUACAAUAAAUAUUUCUAAAAACUAAAACAUACACAUCCCAUAGCUUUAACAAAAUAUUUUGAAUCCUAUUUUCUAACUGAUUAUAGCACCAAAAGAAGUAAACACGGUUGUUUAUGUACAAGAUUCAUUUAGGUAACAAUAAGGGAUAUCUUUUAUCUCAAUAAAAAAUUUAGAAAUUCAAGUUUCGCCUCAAAAUUAUAAUAAUUACAUUUAAAAUAACACAAUCCCAACAAAUCUCGUAAUAAAUAGCAAAAUUUUCCCUGAUAUAAAAUAGAUUUUGCUUGAAAACAUCAUAAUAAAUGAAGCUAAUUUGCAGAUUAAUAACAUUUAAAGUGUAGUAAUUUAAAAAAUUGAUUUAUAGCAUUUUUCAAAUUAAACCAUGCCUACCCUAACUUAGCUUAAUAUAACAAACGUGAAUUUAGUUAUAAUCACAGAAAUAAAUUUAAUUUCAUGUAAAUUUAAUUUAGGAAAUCCUUUAAUAAUUCUUCAAAAUAUUCAAAAUCUACAAAUCAAUAAUAUAACUGUAUCUAACUGUGCUUGUAAUGGACUAGAUUAGCUUCUCUUUAUACAUUAAGUAUAAAACUUGACUUUGUUGAAUAUUUUCAUAUCCUAAACUAACUUUACUUAACAAUCUUCUUUUACUAUCUCCUCUUCCUAAUUUAUUUAUAUAGGCUUAUUAAAAAUGCAAUAAAUUCAAUAUAAUAAUGAUAACUUACCUAAAUAUAGAUCUUUAUAAACUGAGUAGAGUAGUGUCAAAAUUUUAAAAAUAUUUUAUUUUUCAAAUAAUAUUAACGUAAGUUUCAGUAACAUAACAGUGACUUAAUUUAAUAUCAACUCUUUGAACGAGUUUGCUAUUUUUAAUUUCGAGCUUAUCUAAGGAGUUCUUAGUAUAAACUAAACAAAUAUUUAAGAUACCUAAAUAAUUAACAAACAAAUUGGAACUGUCUUUUCAUAUUCUGGAGUUUACAGCAGCUAACUUUCAUAGGUAUUUUUAUAAGGAAUAAACAAUAUGAGAUAUUUAGUCCUUUAGUCAUAUCAAAUUUCAGAUGCACAAUUAUUUUAAUGCAAAAAUAUAAAAAUUACAAAUUUAACAGUAACUAGCAGCUAAAUUGCAUUUUAAUCUUUUAUUUAAAUUGUAUCUGCUAAUAUCCUUUUAGACAAUAUUCAAGCAACAAAAAUAUAUUUUUAAACAACAGAUUAAUUUUCAUAAAAUGUUCCAUUCAUUACACUACUUGCUGCUAAUUCACUGACACUUUAGAAUUCAUAUUUUAGUACUAUGGCUAACCUAACAAGUAGCUCUGUAUUAAUAUAAAAUUCAUUAAAUGUAAAUAUUAAAAAUACAAAUUUUCUGUAACUAAGUACAAAUGGAACUUCACCAGCUUUAGCAAUUUUCGAUUCAACAAAUAUUAAUAUAUAAGCUAAUACUGUAUCUCAGUGUUAAUCUUAAAUGGAUUCUGGAGCAAUUUAAAUUAAUAACUGUUAAAAAGUAGUAUUUAAGAAUAAUACUUUAUAGAGCAGCUAAACUAAAAAUGGAAACGGAGGAGCUCUUUAUGUGUUAAAUAGUUAAAUUGAUAGUUUAGACGAUAAUUAAUUUAUCUAGAAUUCUGCAUUAUUAGGAUCAGGAGGAGCAAUCUAUUGUCAGAACACAAACCUUAAUACAUUGAAUUCAAACACAUUUGUUAAGAAUUAGGCAAUUUAAGGGUCAGGCGGCGCAGUUUAGCUAAAUAAUUGUGAUGUUUUACAAAUUUAAGGCAAUUCAUUUACCUAAAAUUAAGCAUUUAUUGGAGGAGCAAUAAGAUACAUUAAUCUAUAGCCAUUAGCCAUAAUGCAGGGUGGAGUUAAUUUUUUGAAAAAAGCUAAUUCGUUUUACAAAAAUAAUGCAGUUUCAUAUGGAAUGAAUGUUGGCUCGUAUCCUAAAAUUUUAGAUUAGAAAAAUUAUUAUGAUAAAAACUAAAUAAAUUCAUAACGUGUUGUGUUGAAUGUAUAAAGCGGAUACAAGUCAUCAACUCCCAUUUUGAUGAGGUUUAUAGAUGAAGAAAUGAGAGAGAUGUCCUUCAUUAACUUGUCUCUUUAACCAUUAAUAAGCUAAGAUAUUUUAUAAGAAAUGUCACUUUAUAUUCUUUAAGCUGAAAGCGAUAGCAUUGGCUUAUUGGGUGAUUUAAAGCAGGCGUAUUCUUAUAAAAGUUUUGCAUUUAUAUUUGACUUGUCAUAUUCAUAUUAACCUUCAUAAAGUGCAAUACUAAAUAUAAAAUCAGCAUAGCUUCUUCCAUAAUUUUAACCAAAUAGUUAAAAGGUAAUACAAUAAUAAUUUAACGUUCCAAUUACAAUUUAAUUCAGAAAAUGCUAAGUUGGAGAAAUCAUUUAAAAAUCUGGAAAUUACACUUUGUGCUAAACUUGUGAAUAAGGUACUUACAGCAUAGUUGAUCCAUAUUCUGAAACUUAAAUAAAUUGUAAGAGAUGCCCUAUUGGUUCAAAAUCUUGCUAUAGUUCUUAAAUACAAGUUUAAAAUGGAUACUGGAGAAUAGAUAAUAUGUCUGAUACAAUUAUUUAAUGCCAAUAAUCUGAAUUCUGCAAACCAGAAGAUUCUUCAUAAAAAAAUGGGUGCAUUUAAGGUCAUAUUGGCCCAAUUUGUUAAGAAUGUGAUGUUAGGGGUUAAGUAUGGGGUUCUUAGUAUUCAAAGACUAGUUAAGAUUGUAGUAAUUGCAACUAAUUUUUAUCCCCAGUAAAUAUUAUUCUAAUGCUACUCAUUUUAGGUUUUAUUUUUAUACAAAUAUUUAUGAAAAUUCAAAAUGAAAUAGUUCUAAUUAGAAAAUAUAUUAUGGCUAAAUAUUUAUCAAAAUUAAGAUUUAUUUCUCCUAACAUUUAAAGAAUUUAAACAUCUUAAGCUUCUCUGGUUAAAAUAUUACUCAACUACUUUUAAUUUUUAAUGAUAGUUAACAGCUUAAAUAUAACUCUACCUGCUUUUUUUACUUUUUUUAAUCUAACAGGUGGAGAUACUUCUUAACUUACAAUCUAUUCUAUGGAUUGCUUACUAUUUUCGAAAGAUAUAAAUCUACCUAACUAUAUUGUUCGCUUAUUGUGGAUUAACUUUUAACCUUUAGCCUUGUUUAUUUUAAUAGAAUUAUUAAAUUAACUUACUUCGUAAAAAAAUAUUGCUCAUUAACAGAGAUAAACUCUAUACACAAAUCUGAUUGUUAUAUAUAUAUUUUUCUAACCGUCUGUUGUUAAGGUCAUAAGUUAAUCACUUUCUUGUCAGCAAAUUGGAGAACAAAAUUAUAUCUCUUUAGAUUUGAAUUAUGCUUGCUUAGAUAGUUAGCAUAUCUCAUAUAUACUGUAGUUUAUAUUACCUCUGGGAGUUAUUUGGAUAAUUUUGAUUCCUCUCAUGUUGUUUUAUAGGAUACGAAUUUACAAGCCAAAAAUGCAUACAAUCAAAAUACUAUUCAGAUAUGGAUAUCUUUAUUAAGAAUACGAGUUUGAUAAAUAUUAUUGGGACUUAGCGAGAAUAUUAAUUCGUUCAAUAGCAAUUAUUGUAAUUAAUGUUUUUAACUUUUAGGUACUUUUUAAAGGUAUGGUUUUGUUUGGUGUCAUGUUUUUCUAUCUUAUUCUCUAGAAAAAAUUAAAGCCAUUCAUUUUGUAAAAAUUUAAUGAUCUUGAGCAAUAAUCAUCUUUUUUGGUUAUAAUAACAAUUUAUUUGCUAUUUAUUGGAACUCUAUCAAAUAAUGAUAUUAUAUCUUAUAUAGUCACCAUACUAAUAGGAAUUUUGAAUAUCGCUUUUAUAUUAAAGAUGCUUUAGCUCAUUCUGAUAAAGCCUAUUCCAGUUGAAGAAAAAGAUAGAAAUAAAUUAUAAAACAUUCUUGUGCAUCUAAAAUAAAGAUUGCCUAUAUUGUUCGUAUGGGUUAAAAUGGGUAAUCAAAAUUCUAGUCGCCCUUUUAAGAAUUGGAAAAAGGUUUCACUGAUAUAUUAAAACUUAAAAAAACAAUUUAAUUCAGAAGAUAAUAAUUUGUAAAUGAAAAGAUAAAUGAGCUUUUCAAGUAAUGCUAUUUCAUUAGCUGUAUCUAAAAUGUUUAAAAACCAAGAUUUAAUAUAAAAGACAUAAAGGACAUUAAGAACAUAAAGUGUGUAUAGAGAAAAGAAAGAAUUCAAAUUAAUUCUUUAAGCCAAAUGA